AGAGCCAGUGCCUCCUCCUUUCCUAAUCAUCCUCAGUCCUAUCCUCUGGCCACCCAGUGACCCCCACUCUGUGUCACGCUUCGCCUGCCUCCAUUGAUUUAGAGCUCUGUUAAUCCAUUCACAUCCCCUGCUACUCCUCUCCUCCAUUCACUGCUUUGAUGUCAUUCUAAAUUCAGAGCGCUGCUUUCCUCCUACAAGUGGUUGCAUUUCCUUUUUUUAGACAUAUCAGCAUUGAGUAUUACAUGAAGAACAACUUGUGAUCCCGAAGCCUCGGCAUGUCGACUGUACAGACUACGGUGGCAGACAUCCGCUCCAGAGCAGGAGGAUAUGAAAAAACUGAUGAUGUUUCUGAGAAGACGUCUCUAGCUGACCAAGAAGAAAUAAGAACAAUUUUUAUUAAUCAACCGCAGCUGACAAAGUUUUGCAACAACCAUGUCAGCACUGCAAAGUACAAUGCCAUCACGUUCCUGCCAAGGUUCCUCUAUUCUCAGUUCAGACGAGCUGCUAACUCAUUUUUCCUGUUCAUUGCACUGCUUCAGCAAAUUCCAGAUGUGUCACCAACAGGGCGCUAUACAACUCUGGUUCCACUCUUGUUUAUUUUGGCUGUAGCUGCUGUGAAAGAAAUUAUAGAAGAUGUUAAACGGCAUAAAGCUGACAAUUCUGUGAACAAGAAAAAAACCCAAGUGCUGCGGAAUGGUGCUUGGGAAAUUGUACACUGGGAAAAGAUAGAGGUUGGAGAUAUAGUUAAAAUAAAUGGCACAGACUAUAUACCUGCUGACACUAUACUCCUCUCAUCAAGUGAGCCGCAAGCCAUGUGCUAUAUAGAAACCUCAAACCUUGAUGGUGAAACAAACCUUAAAAUCCGACAGGGUAUGUCUCAAACAUCAGAGAUGAAGGAUAUAGAAACACUAAUAAGCCUGUCUGGCAAGAUUGAAUGUGAAAGCCCUAACCGACAUCUAUAUGAUUUCAACGGAAACAUCCGACUGGAUGGCCACGGAACUGUGCCCCUAGGCCCUGACCAAAUUCUCUUAAGAGGGGCUCAGCUAAGGAACACUCAGUGGGUUCAUGGAAUAGUUGUAUACACUGGACAUGAUACAAAGCUCAUGCAGAAUUCAACAAAACCUCCUCUCAAGCUGUCCAAUGUAGAGCGUAUAACCAACAUGCAGAUUCUACUUUUGUUUGGUACACUUAUAACGAUCUCCUUAGUCUGCUCCAUCGGCUCUUCGAUUUGGAAUUCGAGGCAUAGUCAGAAAGACUGGUAUCUCAAUUUAAACUAUGCUGGAGCUAGCAACUUUGGGCUGAAUUUUUUAACAUUUAUCAUUCUCUUCAACAACCUCAUACCAAUCAGUUUGCUGGUUACGCUGGAAGUGGUGAAAUUUAUCCAGGCGUAUUUCAUUAACUGGGACAUAGACAUGCACUAUGAACCAACUAACACGCCAGCUAUGGCCCGUACAUCAAACCUUAAUGAGGAGCUAGGACAGGUAAAAUACAUAUUUUCGGACAAAACUGGGACCUUGACUUGCAAUAUAAUGCAAUUUAAGAAGUGCACGAUAGCAGGGAACGCUUAUGGCCAUUGCCCAGAGCCGGAAGACUAUAUGUCCUCGGAAGACGAUUGGCACGAUGUGCAAAAGGAAGAGAGCAGAGGUUUCCAUGAUCAAUCUUUGCUAGAAAAUCUUGAAAACAAUCAUCCCACCGCACCGGUGAUAUGCGAGUUUCUCACGAUGAUGGCGAUAUGUCACACUGCCGUGCCUGAACGUGUCGAAGAUCAGAUCGUUUAUCAGGCAUCCUCUCCUGAUGAAGGAGCUCUUGUAAGGGCAGCGAAGGAUCUGCGUUUCGUGUUUACAGGCAGGACGCCUGAUUCCGUUAUAAUAGAAUCUCUUGGUCAAGAAGAACGUUUUGAGUUGCUGAAUGUGCUGGAAUUUACGAGUAACCGAAAACGUAUGUCUGUGAUCGUUCGUAAUUCAUCUGGGAAACUGAGAUUGUACUGCAAAGGAGCUGACACGGUCAUUUACGAUCGCUUGGCUGAAACAUCAAAGUACAAAGAAAUUACUCUGAAACAUUUGGAGCAGUUUGCAACAGAAGGUUUAAGGACCCUGUGCUUUGCUGUGGCUGCAAUUCCAGAUAGUGCGUACGAAGAGUGGCUGGAUGUUUACCACCGAGCUUCUACCGCGGUACAGAACAGAGCUCUGAAACUAGAGGAGUGCUAUGAACUUAUAGAGAAAAACCUCCAUUUGCUUGGAGCCACUGCCAUUGAAGACAGACUACAAGACAACGUGCCAGAAACCAUCGAAACCCUGAUGAAGGCUGACAUCCGGAUUUGGAUUUUAACAGGCGAUAAACAAGAAACUGCUAUAAAUAUUGGACAUUCAUGUAAAUUGUUGACCAAAAAUAUGGGACUGAUUGUUAUAAAUGAAGGCUCCCUUGAUAGUACACGAGAAGUUUUAAGCCAUCACUGCAGUAAUCUUGGAGACUCUUUGAGAAAGGAAAAUGACUUUGCUCUCAUUAUUGAUGGCAAAUCCCUAAAGUACGCCUUGACGUUUGGAGUUCGGCAGUACUUCCUAGACCUGGCCUUGUCGUGUAAAGCAGUCAUCUGUUGCAGGGUCUCGCCGCUCCAGAAAUCUGAAGUUGUAGAUAUGGUGAAAAAGCAAGUUAAAGUCAUCACCCUGGCUAUUGGCGAUGGGGCAAAUGAUGUCAGCAUGAUUCAAACUGCACACGUUGGUGUUGGUAUAAGUGGAAAUGAAGGGCUGCAAGCAGCAAAUUCUUCAGAUUACUCUAUUGCACAGUUUAAGUACUUGAAAAACCUACUACUUGUCCAUGGUGCGUGGAAUUAUAACAGAGUGGCAAAGUGUAUCUUGUAUUGUUUCUAUAAGAACAUUGUGCUGUAUAUCAUUGAGAUCUGGUUUGCAUUUAUGAAUGGUUUCUCUGGACAAAUACUCUUUGAAAGAUGGUGUAUUGGCCUUUACAAUGUGAUGUUUACGGCUCUUCCUCCUUUAACUCUUGGAAUAUUUGAGCGUUCUUGUCGGAAAGAGAACAUGUUGAAGUAUCCAGAGUUAUACAAGACAUCACAGAAAGCCCUCGACUUCAAUACAAAGGUUUUUUGGGUUCAUUGCCUGAAUGGCCUUUUUCACAGUGUCAUCCUGUUUUGGUUUCCGUUAAAAGCCCUGCAGCAUGAUACUGUCUUUGGAAACGGAAAGACGUCAGAUUAUCUUUUAUUGGGAAACAUUGUUUACACUUUUGUAGUUAUUACUGUAUGUUUGAAAGCUGGGCUAGAAACUUCACACUGGACAAUGUUCAGCCAUAUUGCUAUCUGGGGAAGCAUUAUGCUGUGGAUUGUCUUCUUUGGUGUCUACUCUUCCUUGUGGCCUGUGUUUCCUAUAGCACCCGAUAUGUCUGGAGAGGCAGAUAUGAUGUUCCAAUCUGGAUUUUUCUGGAUGGGUCUCAUCUUCAUCCCUAUAGCAUCCUUACUUCUUGAUGUUUUUUAUAAAACUGUGAAAAGAACCAGUUUCAAGACUUUAGUUGAUGAAGUUCAGGACCUCGAAGCAAAGUCUCAGGAUCCAGGUGCUGUUGUUCAUGGAAAAAGCUUAACCGAGAGAGCUCAAUUACUGAAAAACGUCUUUAAGAAAAACACCACGAGCAUGUACCGCUCAGAAUCCGUACAGCAAAAUCUGCUACAUGGAUAUGCCUUCUCUCAAGAUGAAAACGGAAUAGUCUCACAGUCUGAAGUGAUCAGAGCUUAUGACACCACGAAGCAAAAACCAGAAGAAUGGUAAAACGAAGCUGAUGUGGGUUCGACUGUGCGAUAUGCUUCAGUACUAAACCACAAGACGUGUGUGAGAUAAAACGCUGUCUUCUCAGAGCUCCUCCAUAGAGCUUUAAAAAAAAUAAAAAGUCUGUGGUCAAAACAUCCUUUUAAUAAUACAAAAAAUGCUUAAAAGACGACAGUUUGUGCAACUGAGGCAAAUGUGUAGAUUUCAGUCGUGACGAUACACUUCAAACAUACUUUUGCCGCUAGUUUUUAACAAUAACUAGUGCAGUAUUACUAAUGAGAGCGAAGAUUCGUCGCAACAGGGAGACUCUUAAACCUUUACCACUGUAAAUAAUGCUCGUGAUGUGCUGCCCAAACAGAGUGCUGAAAGGUAAGGUAAGAAGAUCUGCCAAAAUAUCUCAUUCAUAUUAGGAUUAGCUUGCCUCGCCACCAAGGGGAUAAAGUAUCCAAUUAUUUGAAUAAAAAUGUUUGCCAACGAAGAAGGUGUUUUCCCAUAUCACUUACUUCUAUGCUCACAAAA